CGGUAUAGGGAUGCCAAUGGCUCGGAACAAACAGUUUGAAAAAAGUGUGUGAAAUUGUGCAUGUGUGCCACGAAAUAUCCUUCGAAUUGAACCCCUCAUCAUGUUGAAUGUUAACGAUUUCCUGACAUGAUUGAUGAUAGAUAUAUUUUCGCAUAAUUUGAAACACAACAUGUUUGACUGUUGAAUCCGUCAAUCUAUUAUCCUCCGAAAAGCGAAAAUCCUGAAAAUCAAGAGAGCUUAAGAAGAACGCCAUUUGUCGCAACGGUCGCAACCAUUACCGGAAAUAAAACAAUAAUGCUGAGAAGAACAAGCGCGCAGCGCAAGAUCUACCCACAGCUGACGAUUGAGCAGCUUCCAGAUAAUCUGCUACUUCUUAUACUACGUAAGCUUCCACAGUGGGACAUCCUUUCUGUUAGCCUAGUUUGUCACCGAUGGAGUGCCUUGUUUGACACCUAUUUCGUAGAGAGAUUCAGAUUGCAAGUUAUUCCUGACGUAUCUGAAUUUAAAUGUGCAGACUAUCUGGUUUUUCUAAAUCGUUCUACACGUAGAUAUAGAAAAGCGGAAAUAAUUAUUAGUGGUCAGCAAUCAUUACUGGUGGCAGUGCUGGCUUUACGCCGAUUUGGCCAGUGUUUAUAUGAGCUAAAGCUUACAAUGAGUCUUCGUUGUUAUCCAAGCUUUUUACAGUUACACUUUGAAAGAAUGAAAGAGCUGGAAAUGGGAUUAGAACAAUAUGACCAGCUUUUAUGGGAGCAGGAAGUGGACAGUUACGACCGAGGUUUAAGGCUUAUAGCUCUUGUUAAUCAAGACGCGCAUCCAAUCUCACCUGGAAGUGAAAAAACAACUAAGAGAUUUCGUCAAAUCGAGGAGGUCUUCUUACCAUUUGUUUAUCGACAUUGCUUUCGAUUGUGCACGCUACUGAUUGAAUAUCAUCGCAAUCUUUGGGACACACAAACGAGUGUGCUGCUGUACGAAGCUGUCGAGAUGAAAUAUUUGCAGGUAUUGCAAAUCUGUGGAGCUGGUGUUAUCAUUUUGGCCGAUUGUCCCACGUUAAAAAGUUUAACUGUGCAAGGAACGACAACCGGGGUGACAUUCUACCAAGGAUUACGGAAUGCGUUUCCGCAGCUUAUCAAACUGGAAAUUGUUAAUGAUUUCCAGUUUGAUGACCAAUGCCUAUUGGUGAUUUCCAGGCGUUGUACGAAUUUAGUUGAGCUUUCGAUAUCAUUUACUCAUAAUGCUAUUAGCCAGAAAGCUUUUCAUCAUUUACAUCGUAUGAAAAAGUUAAAGCAGUUAGCACUUUCAUUUGAAGGGCCUCAUCACUCGACGAGUUGCUUAACAUUCGAGAAUUGGCCAAGACUGGAAAUCGAGAAAUUGGUAAUUACUAUCGACGAGCUGCCAGUAGCCAGCAUCCAGGAGAUUUUAUUGCAAAACUCUAAGCUAUCACAGUUUAUCAUCAGCACACGACGAAAAAUUACAUACAGCACAAUACGAAAGCUACAGUCUACCCGGCCGACCUGCCAACUGACCUUUCGCCAGUUGACUUCCCGCCAGCAAUACUGCAGAUAAGUAUAUUUCUGGCAAGUCUUUACCGUAUAUUGAUUUUCUAUUUCUGACAGAAGAAUAUUAUUUUUGCUCAUCAAUGUUUCUACUUAUAUUUGUUCUGUACCGACAACGAAUGCGGUAUAAUCGACAUUUAAAACAAAUAUGACAUUAUCAGUGAGAACUUAUGGUUUACUAUACAAUUCUUAUUUCUUACUAGAGGUUCAAAUGAUAAAAACUGUUCAAU